AGAAGAAAAUGUUUCAAUAAGCUUCCCAAAAUAAAUGGUUUUUGUACAAAAACAAGUGGAUUGCCAACCAACGAACGACACCCUGCUGCGGCCUAUCAAACAACGACAAAACCUGUGUGACGACAAAACGGCAGUCCGGCCUUUGUAUAUUCAUACAGUAGGUAUUCGACCAUCGAGGAGUACGGGAUCGUUGAUUUCAACAGGAUUUAAUAACGGUACAUUGCUGCGACGCUGCGGUCUAUCAGACAACGACGACGACAUCUGUGUAACGACACAACAACAGCAGUUCCGACCUUCGAAUUUAUUCGUACAACACUCGACCAUCGAGGAGUGAGUGAUUCGUUGAUUUCAACCGGAAUUAAAAACGAUAAGAAAUGGCUCAAGGUGGUAAUAGACGGAAGACAGUGGGUUACUGCAAUACCAAUCAGCGACCACCGAAUAGGCCGAGGUCGUCGGUUUUGUCUGAUCAUCUGUUGAGAGAAAUGGCUAGGAAUGUAUUCAUGCACUUGAAUUGGGAUAAUAACCCGGAUGUUGUUUUAAGCUCGAAUCAGGUUAUCAACACGGAUUGGAUUUUUGGAUUCGAUCGAGCUUUUGAUACUAGUGAUUCAGAGCCACAAGAAAUAGAGUCAGUUGCUACGAUGCCAUUAACUCGUAUUCGGUCUAACAAUACGGCGUGGGCUUUAUUUAUGAGGGGAUUUCAAUUGGGGAGUUAUAUGAUGCAAAUUGCUAAUGAUCCGUUACAGGACCCACAGGAACUAGAACAAAGUGCACAGUUCCGGGUCCCCCAGCCAAACCAAACGCCGGAAGAGGCCCCGAUGCCGUCACUGUUAGAGGAAUUGCUAAAUGAAACAGAUACAGAAUGGGAUCUGGAUUCAGACACACCUGAUUUACUGGAAUCGGAACCAUCAUCAUCCACUUCAAUACUUUCACAAGUGGGAGAGCAUUCAAUUGAGACCGAAGUGCCAGUGAUCGUGAUCGAGUCUGAUGACGAAAAUGCUCCGUAUCCGGAGUGGGAGGACGCUCCGGAAACCCAGGCCGAGCCCGAAUCAAUGGAGGAGGCCCAGUCUAGGUCGACGGAAGAAGCCCAGUCUCGGUCAACGGAGGAGAUUCAAUCGGGACGACGGAGGAGGCCCAGUCUAGGUCGACGGAAGAAGCCCAGUCUCCGUCGACGGAGGAGGUUUAAUCGGGGCGAGGGAGGAGGCCCAGUCUAGGUCGACGGAGCAGAUAUCAACGAUAAUAGAUGAAAUGUAUAUAUUUGAUGCCGAUGGCAUUUUCAGUUAAAAUUAUAAUCUGAUAGUUCUUAAAAACGCAUCAAAAUCCGUGCUG